CCAACAUACUACCAUAAUAUCCACUGUAUCCGUCCGAUUCAACUGCAACAAACCGAGGCCCUUUCAGAUCACUUUAACCAGACGAAAAGUUAAAAGCUAAACAUUUUUGUCCUCACUGAACCAGCUUCAAAUCACGACCACAAGUGAGAGUUUUUGGAGGCAAAGUGCGACACAGUUUUUUCUUUCUGAGAAUGUGGCGAACCUGCGGUUAGAGAAGAAGAAGAAAAAAAAGGCGGAUGGCAGCUCAUUGAACGAUCAACAAGUUGUCUUUGAUGGCGAUAACUAUAUGAAAUCCCCCUCCCACACAACAGGAACAGAGGACGAGAAGCAGCUGCGGUACAGGGGAGACAUUUUAGGACGAACGUUACAUUACCUGGCUGCACAGUGAAGAGAGAGGAUGUUGUCUCAGCUUCAUGAGGCGAUAUGGGCCGACUGGAUUUGGUUUCCUGAAGGCCACGGCUGGGCUGACCUGACGGACCACGAUGGCAAAGUUUACCCUAAAACACAGGACCUCUGGGCUACUAUACCCAUCGCUAUCUGCUUCAUUGUCUGCAGACAGAUAUUUGAGAGGACAGUAGCGACUCCACUUGCCUCCCUGUUGGGAGUGAGUGACAAGCAGCAAGUUCAUGCUCCUCCUAAUCCCGUCCUGGAGUCCUAUUUCUGCAGCACAUCAAAGCAUCCCACACAGAGCUCCGUAGAGAGUUUAAGUAAACAGACGGGCUGUUCGGUGCGACAGGUCCAGAGGUGGUUCAGACGGAGGAGAAACCAGGACCGACCCAGCAAGCUCAAAAAGUUUCGGGAAGCAAGUUGGAGAUUUACCUUUUACCUUCUUGCUUUCUUUGCUGGCCUGGCAGUCCUUGUUGACAAACCAUGGUUGUAUGAUAUGAAGAUGAUGUGGGAGGACUUCCCGAAAAUGCCACUGUUGCCUUCACAGUACUGGUACUACAUGAUCGAACUAGGCUUCUAUCUCUCGCUGGUUUUUAGCGUAGCAUCAGAUGUCAAACGCAAGGAUUUCAAAGAGCAGAUAAUUCACCACGUAGCCACCAUCUCCCUCAUCAGUUUCUCCUGGCUGGUCAACUACAUCCGGGCAGGGACUUUGAUUAUGUUGGUGCAUGAUGCCUCCGACUAUUUAAUGGAGUCAGCCAAAAUGUUCAACUAUGCAGGUUGGAGGAAAACCUGCAACUGCAUGUUCACCCUGUUUGCAGCAGUUUUUAUCGUCUCUCGCCUCGUGGUCCUCCCCUUCUGGAUCAUAUAUACGACGUGGGUGUACCCCCUGACCCUCUACCCCCCCUUCCUGGGCUUCUACUUCUUCAACGGGCUAAUGUUCGUGCUGCAGAUUCUGCACAUCUUCUGGGCCGCGCUCAUCCUGCGCAUGGUCGUCAAGUUCCUGCCAGGCAAUCAUAUUGUCGAGGACGAGCGGAGUGACAAAGAGGAGACUGAAUCGGAAGAUGACGAUGAGCACAAAGAAAAGUUUAAGAACGGCUACGUGCAGAACGGCCACACCCUCCUAAACAACAACCACAGUAAGACGGAGUGAUUGGACUGUAAGAGCCGGAGACGAGGCUGAGUGACGACGGGCCCCUCACAUGUGGCCCUCACCGGAAAGCCAAAGAACAGGAGCGUGCCGGCAUGUUGAAAGGUGCAACAGGCGGCAGCACACACACACACACACACACACACACACACACACACACAUGCAUCUUUACCUUACUUUCUGAUACCCCAGUAGUCCAAAGUGGAUAUUUCACUUCGAUUACAUUAAAUUAAAACCGAGAGAGGAGGACUGCGGUGGAGAACCACAGUGAUCUGCUUUGCACCUCAGCAGAGUGUUCCUCAUUCACCUCUUUUCUCUCUUUUUUCGCUUAUUUUUUGCUAAGAUUUUGUGCUGCUGACCAAGUUGCCACAAGCCAAAUCUGCCUGCUUGUAGCUUUAUGAUUUGUCCCUGGAAGUGUUUUAUCGGCAACGCUGUGGUUAGGACGGGCGCCGCCUUCCUGCACAGUCAGUUAAAACCCUUCCAAGUAUUACUGCCCUUUACACUUGACUGAUUUUUGCUCGAAAUAACCACACUGAAAGUGAGCGACACGUCGAGGAGGUGAAUGAUGUCUCUCUAUGGACCAUAACCUGAUUUAAAUCUAUUCACUGAAGUUAAUAAUGAAUUUGUGCGGGUCAGAUAUUGCAGCUGCCGUUUGUCAUCUUGGCUUUUCUAAAAAAAAGAAAAGAAAAAAAGAGAAAUAUUUCAGUAAUGUUUAAAACAAAAUAAUAAUUGGAGGUAAAUAAUGUUUUUUUAACAGUCUGGAGAGAAAAAAGCGCAAGAAGGUGCUACAUCUGCCACGUGUUUUGAAAUGUGCCUUGUGUGAAAGUUUGUCUUAAAUGCUUUGCCUUUUUUUGGGCAGCAGAAUGCACAGAUUAUUUUUAAUGUUUUGUUUGUGCUUAAUAUCAUUUUAGUUGUAUGAUUUUAUCUUUUAUUUGUUUUCAGUCCAGUCGACGGUUAAAAUUUGGGAGCAAUUUGUGUGAGUGUAACCCAAACCAAUCAGUAACUGUUUAUGAAUUCUUUAUGGGCUGGAAGAGUCAAUAGCAUUUCCAUCCACUGUUGUUUUUCCCAUCCAUCCAAAGAUGCACUUUAUGGCUUCAUCCAUUGAUCAGCAUUGACAAAAUAUCUUGUACACAAGCUUCGUGUUUGAUCUCAAUUCAAAACUGAUUUCUUUUUAGUUUAGAUUUGAAAUUUUGUUUCAUAUUUAUUCUCAUUAUUACUGACCCAAGAUCUUCCUCGUUGUCAGUGUUUCGGUUCAUUUUGUAAAAAAAAAAAUAUUCACAUGUUUAAUGAAAUCUUAAGAUUAAGAGGUAAAAAUGAAACACCAAAGUACGGUUUACAUUUUGUACUACCUUGUCAUUUGCAAGUGCCUUCAUCAUUUCAAGUGUUAAUUGUAAAAAAAAAAAAAGUUAUUUUUGUUCCUUUUGUCUUCAUUUUUGCUGUGUUUUUGUGCCCCAUCACGUCGUGCACUGUAACGCUCUGAGCCUCUAACAUUUCCUGCCUCGGCUCAUGACAACCAAUCACCUGCAGCUCCCUCUAAAGAGCUUUGCUUCUACAGAAGUGUUUUUAUUCUGCGUUUUGUGUUGCGGAGAUGUAAAAUCAUAAUGACGUUGAUGAUAAAGAUAAUUGUGGAUAACUA